AUGGAUAGUAGGGGCUAUCUGAAAGCUUAUGGCUGGAAAGAAGGCGAAGGCUUGAAGCCUGGGGCGCUCAAAAGGCCGAUUUUGGUUAAGCACAAGAACGACAAGAAAGGACUGGGAUCAGCGCCCGGUGGGGACGAUGGAGAAAUGUGGUGGGAGACGUUAUUUGACGGACACUUGAAGAAUCUGAAUGUGAAAGACGGUGGAAAAGGUGGGGAUAUCAAAUUCGAGCAGAAAGACAUACCGAAUAGCGCAGUGGUGAAAGACAAAUCGCCGCUGUACAGAUGGUUUGUGAAAGGUGAGGGUCUGAAGGGUACUAUUGAAACAGACCUUUUGAUCUCUAAGACCAGGAUAGAGGAGAAAGCUGAAGUCAAGAAAUGCGAACGCAAGAAAGACGAGCGUUCUAGUAAAAAAUCCAGUAAGAAAUCGGAUCAUAAGAAGGAUAGGAAGAACGGAAAGAUUUCGAAGAAAAAGACAAAGAAGCAGGAUAAAAAGUCUAGCAAGAGUAGGUCAGACAAAAAGGAUAAAAAAGAUAAAAAGGAGCGCAAGGAGAAGAAACGAAGCAGCAAAAAAGAUCAAAAAAAGCUCAAGGACGGUCGCGAACCGUCUUGA